AUGGUGCUCGAGGCUACGAUGAUCGUGGUGGACAACAGCGAGGCGAGUAGGAAUGGCGAUUACCUACCUAACCGAUUCUCCGCCCAGUCGGAAGCUGUCUCUCUCGUCUUCAACGCAAAGACAUCCUCGAAUCCUGAAUCAGCUGUCGGACUCAUGUCCAUGGCAGGAACAGGCCCUACAGUGCUCACUACACCUACCACCAAUUUUGGUACCCUGCUGUCAGGAUUACACGAUACGAAGAUCAAGGGACAUGUUAGAUUAGGAACCGCUAUCAGUGUGGCCAUGUUAGCCCUUAAGCACAGAGCCAACAAGAGCCAACGGCAACGAAUCGUGGUUUUGAUAUGCAGCGAACUGGACCAAAAGUUCGGGGACAAGAACGACACUGACAAAGAGCUGAUCAAGCUGGCGAAGAAGUGCAAAAAGAACAAUGUCUCCGUGGACUUUGUGGCAUUCGGAGAUGCGCUUGAGUCCAAUACAAAGUCAAUACUGGAGAGGUUCAUCGAAGCCGUGGGUGGGUCAUCUGGAGAGGGGAACCACCUAGCAGUUAUCCCUCCCGGACCAGGCUUGCUCAGCGACAGCCUCAUCACUACCCCAAUAGUCAGCGUGAGUGGUGACGUGGGACAAGGAAGCAGCGGCAUGGAGGGUGUCGAGACGGGCGGCGCCGGUGGCGCUGGAGGUUUUGAAUUCGGUGUCGAUCCAUCAGCUGACCCGGAGCUGGCCAUGGCUCUGCGCAUGAGCAUGGAGGAAGAACAGAACCGGUUGGAGAGAGAGCGCAGGGCACGUGAAGAGCAAGAGAGACAGAACGCGGACCGAAUGGAGACGAUAACCGAAGAGGGUCAAGGACAGCAGUCAGCAAAUGGGGAAGGUCAAGACGGCGACGCUUCAAAGCAGCCACGCGUGGAGGAGGAUAAACAAGAUUAA